AUGACAUCCCUCACCUCUACCCUCAAAGAUCCAUCCCUCCUUGUCGAAAGCCGACCCUUCAUCAACGGCGAAUGGCCUCUCUUCACUUCCUCUCAAACUUUCCCUGUCUGCAACCCCGCCACAAACACAAUCAUCGGCCCAGCACCAGAAUGCACCGUCGACGACGUCAACAGCGCCAUCUCCGCAGCUUCAGAGGCCUUUCCCCUGUGGCGCGCUCAAUCAGGCCGCCAGCGCGCAAAGAUAAUUCGCAAAAUCGCAGAGCUACUGGCAGAACACAAAACUGACAUCGCAAAGAUCAUCACAGCAGAGAAUGGAAAGGCGAAAGCGGAUGCUGAAGGGGAGGUGAUGUUCUCGGCGGGGUUCUUCGAGUGGUUCGCGGAAGAGGCGCCGAGGCUGUAUGGUGAUGUUGUCCCGCAUUCGCAGCCGAAUUCGAGAAUUCAGGUCAUCAAGCAACCCGUUGGUGUUUGUGGUUUGAUCACGCCUUGGAAUUUCCCUUUGGCGAUGGCUGCGAGGAAAGUCGCUGCUGCGCUUGCGGCUGGGUGUACGAUUGUGCUCAAGACGGAUGGUGUGACGCCUUUCUCGGGGAAUGUUCUCGGUGUCCUCGCUGAGCGCGCUGGUCUGCCAAAGGGGGUUCUCAAUAUCGUCACUGCUUUGGAUAACACACCGAAACUAGGUCUUGCGCUGUGCGAGUCUGACAUCGUCAAGAAGAUCUCCUUCACGGGCUCAACCCGGGUAGGGAAGAUCCUGAUGAAGCAGUCAGCCGAUACUCUCAAGAAGCUAUCUCUAGAGCUUGGAGGCAACGCGCCCUUCAUCGUGUUUGACGAGGCCGAUGUCGAGACCGCGGUAUCCAGCGCCAUCAUUGCCAAGUUCAAGGUGACCGGCCAAACAUGCGUUUGCGCCAACAGGAUCUACGUCCAGGAAGGCAUCUACGACCAAUUCUCCAAGCGCCUAGUUGAGGAAGUCGGCAAGUUUAAAGUCGGUAACGGUGCUGACCCUUCAGUGACGCACGGCCCGAUGACGACGAGUGUAGACAAGGUUGAGGAACAUGUCCAAGAUGCCCUCAAGAAUAAAGCUACUCUUCUCUUCGGCGGUCAGCGAUUACCCGAUCUCGGAAAGAACUUCUUCCAGCCGACAGUUCUGGGCGAUGUUGACGAUACGAUGGCCGUGACUUACGAAGAGACAUUCGGACCACUUGCGGCGUUGACCAAGUUCAAGACAGAAGACGAGGUUGUCGCAAGGGCGAACAAGUCUGAUGUAGGAUUGGCUUCUUACAUCAUGACAAACAAUCUAGCGAGAUCGCACCGCGUGCAGGAGAGAUUGGAGUUUGGUAUGGUAGCCAUCAACACUGGUGUCAUCUCAGACUGGGCUGCUCCAUUUGGCGGUGUCAAACAUUCUGGUAUGGGGCGUGAGGGCAGCAGGUAUGUGGCAACGACUGACAACAUAUCAACUCACAUAUCUACCGAAUCGCAUCAUCUCCUCUCCCAAGCAUCUUUCAGUCAACCCUCCUAUCUACACAAGAGGAACACCAGCAUCACUUCAACAUCAGCCAUGGCUACCGACAAGACGAUGUCGUCACUUCCAAAGCCCUCUUCCCCUAUUGCCAUUCCGACCGGCCGAAACCGCGCCCGUACUGUCGACCACCUCCUUCGACAUCAUCCUCCCUCCCAUUCCUCAAUCCUUCUCCGAUCUCCGGGCCCUCAAAGUCACGCCGAUGCCGUCCCUCCCGAUCCUCGCAAGACCAUCAACCCGAAAGACCCUUUUCGCUACGUCGACUCUCUGAAACUCCGAGUCAUCCGCAACAAGCGCGGCGAAACUCUCGGCCUCAAAGUCGUCGACAUUAACUCCGUCAAACCUGAACGAGCAAACGUUUGUGCUCAUCUUCCUAUUGGCAAAGAAAACGCUGGUCUUGUGUUUGAUGUCGAGAGUGCUGAGGCGAUGAAGGAGUUAUACUCCAAGGCGUCGUUGACGAUGGCCUCGGACAGGAUCAUGGGGAUUUUGUUUGCGCCGCCGCGGCCUGAUGCUGGUGGCAUUGCUAGGGAUGCGGAUUGGUCUUUUUUAGAUGAUGAUGUUGGAGGGGGAGAUGCGAAGGAUGAGAAUGAGGAUAGGGAUCGGGAUCACUGUUUGAUACAGACCAGUCUCUGCGUUGGAGCAGAAAUAACGAACACUGAUUGUUUUGCGCACCAUGAUCACCAUCUCGUUGGUGUCAUUUUGGUGGCCUCUUCAUCCUCCUCCCCAUUCCGACAUAUGAUCGUCGUCUGUCUCGUUUGGUACUCACUUCUUCUCCCGCCAUCUUCAAUAUCAUCGCCAUCAAGUUCCCGUUCAUAUUUUCUGAGUGCUUCUUCUUAUUCCACGCCAUCCAUUGGUGAUAUCCCUCGUACCUCACCUUCACAUGACCCGGUUGUUGUCUUGCCUGGGCGCACUGUCAAUUUCACCUCCCUCAUGUCGUUAAACGGGCAAGCACUGUACUCCCCAAGACCAGGAACUCUGCCUGUUAUUUGGUCAUUGGCGCUGUCUCGCUCCUUCCACAGCACAAGCCCUUACCUACCUCACCACCUCCUCUCGGCAACCCAGUCCAUGAACUCAGCAACUCUCUUCUUCUUCGUCAUCAUCAUCUUGUUCAUCAUUUCCAUCUUCUUCAUCAACUGCACCAUCACCAUCAUCAUCAGAACACGCAGUAGACAUACCAAGUCCAAGCCAUCAUCACCUCCCAUCAUGUCACAACUAAUAAAGCCAGAUACUCCGUCGCCAAAUGUUCCACCACCACCACCACCAAACCCAGACACCCCCACCUCCAGCACCUUUACAGGAGCCACCUUCGGCAUACGUCCAGACCACGUCGCAUGGAAAUGCCACAGAGGUUUCUUCUGCAAUAUCAUCAACCCCCUGACAGAUGCUCGGUGCGCUACAUGCAAGCAGGAACGAGCGUUUCCGGCCGACGCUCUCAACGCCAGCCACAAGCAGAUCGGUUGGCUGCAGUCUAUGGACCUGCAUGGCAACGAGAAGUGGGUUUACUUUGAUCGUGAGACUCUGGAUCAGCUUCGUCAGGGAACCUUGCCCAAGAAUUUUCUCAAUAGCAGCCCGCCUGUGUCUUGGAAGUCUGGUGGUAUCGAUGGAAUCAACCCCGAGAAUAGUCGCCCUGUAUCUGAGGGUUCCGGUGAUGUCGUUGGAAUCCACCACGGGAAUAGUCCGCCCAUGUCGUCGGGGACCGGUGAAGUCGGUGGAAAUAGUAGGGAGGGGAAAAGGAUGAGCACUGGUGUUGGAUUUGAAGUUAGUCGUAUGGAGAGGUGGGUUGCGAAUGUGGUGAAAAAGCAGGUGGAUGAUGAGGAUCUUGAGGAGCCGGACAAACAGUCGGAGGACGGAGGAGAUGCCAAGGGGGGCGCUGCGGGUGAUGGGAGUGGUAGCAAGAGGAAGAGUCAGUAG